AAUUUAACAAUGUCUGGUCCUGUUACUCAAGAAGAUUUAGAUUUCGAUAGAGCUCAUAUUUGGCACCCAUAUACCAGUCUUACGAAGCCAUUGAAAGUCUAUCCAGUUGAAAGGGCAGAAGGCUGUAUCAUUACUCUUUCCGAUGGUACCAAGCUUGUUGAUGGUAUGGCUAGUUGGUGGUGUGUGCAACAUGGUUACAAUAAUCCAAUCUUGAACAAAGCUGCUACAGAUCAACUCAGUAAGAUGUCACAUAUUAUGUUUGGUGGUCUUGCCCAUAAACCAAGUAUUGAGCUUUGUAAAAAACUUGUUGAAUUGACUCCAGCUGGUUUGGAAUGUGUCUUGUUAGCCGAUUCUGGCUCAAUUUCUAUUGAUGUUGGUUUAAAAAUGGCUUUACAAUAUCAAAAUUCAAAAGGAAGAAAAGACAAAUCUAAGUUUUUAACUAUACGUCAUGGCUACCAUGGUGAUGCUUUUGGUGGGUUGUCUGUUUCUGAUACAACAAACAGUAUGCAUCAUAUAUUUCAAGGGUUUUUACCAAAAAAUAUCUUCUGCAAAGCGCCUGAAACCAGAUUCGAUAAUCAAGACCCUAAUGUUGAACAAAUAGUCGAAGAAAUUGACGUCAAACCUUUUAAAGAAAUCAUUGAAAAAAGACAUGAAGAAAUUGCUGGCUUUAUCCUUGAACCAAUUGUUCAAGGUGCUGGUGGUUUGAGGGUUUCUCAUCCAUACUUUCUUAAGAGAGCUAGUGAAAUUUGUAAAAAAUAUGAUGUUUUAUUGAUUCUUGAUGAAGUUGCUACGGGGUUAGGAAGAACUGGUAAACUUUUCGCCUUUGAACAUGCUAAUAUUGUUCCUGAUAUUCUUUGCUUAGGGAAAUCCUUAACUGGUGGUUACCUUACUCUUUCUGCUACAAUCACCUCCAGGGAAAUAGGAAAUGAAAUAUCUGACGGUCCAGCUGGUUGUUUUAUGCAUGGUCAAACUUAUAUGGGUAAUCCUUUAGCUUGUGCCGUUGGUAAUGCCAAUCUCGGAAUCAUUAUGGAAGGAAAAUGGAAAAAUCAAGUUAAACAAAUUGAAACCCAACUCCUUGAAGAAUUGGGCCCACUCAAGGAUCAUCCAAAAGUUGCAGAUCUUAGAAUUUUAGGUGCAAUUGGUAUUGUUCAAUUAAAAGAAAACGUCAAUGUUGAAGAAAUCCAAAAGAAGUUUGUUGCAGCAGGUGCUUGGAUUCGUCCUUUCAGAAACUUAGUCUAUAUUUACCCACAAUACACUACAAAUCCUGAAGAACUAACUGUUCUCACUAAUGCAAUUAAAUCCUCUAUCUAACCUCUCCUUUG